CUUUGACUGCAAAGGGAUUGCUAGAGAGAAUUAGACAGAAGAAGAAAUUUCAUGGGACGAUUUCUAGAAAAAGGAAAUAUGAAAUCAUAUCACCACCCUUUCUAUACUGUGUUGCUCAAUAAAACAAUCUCCAGUACUGAGACAGAAUGAAGACUGAACAACCUACCAAAACAUUUGCGGCAUUUAUGUGUCUUCAGCAAAGGAAGCACAAACGUUAUUUCAUAGAAUCAGUUCCCAGAAUUAUUGUAAAACGGAUGGAUCUGUCUUUCCCAUUCUAAUCAAACUUACACAGUGUUGCAGUACUUGCACGUUUGGAUUCACUAUUGGAUAUUAGGGUUGUUGAAUAUUUUGAGAUGGAAAAUCAAACUGUAAUAACAGAGUUUAUACUCUUGGGACUCUCCAGAGAUCGACACCUACAAAUGUUUUUCUUCUUCUUGUUCCUGAUUAUUUUUUUGGUAACGCUAUUAGGAAACUCAGCAAUCAUGCUCGUGACCAGGACUGACUCUAGCCUUCAGAACCCCAUGUUCUUCUUUCUCAGUCAUUUAGCUUUUGCUGACAUCUGCUAUUCAUCUGUUAUUGUUCCCAAGAUGUUAGAAAACCACAUAGGAAAACAGAAAACAAUUUCCAAGGAAGGAUGCAUUGCACAGAGUCUCCUCAUUUUCCAGGUUGCUGAUGCGGAAGUAUUCAUCCUCGCAGCAAUGGCUUAUGACCGAUAUGUUGCUAUAUGUGACCCAUUGCAUUAUACCACAGUCAUGAAAAAAGAAAUUUGCAGAAAUCUAGUGAGUGGAGCGUGGGCUAUGGGUUUCUUGUAUUCAUUAAUGAAUGCCCUGUCUUUAUUAAAUUUUCAUUUCUGCCAAAACAAUAUUAUUAUUGACAACUACAGCUGUGAGUUUCCUUCAGUCUUGGCCCUGUCUUGCACUCAGACCCUCACCAAUUACAUUGUUCUUCUUAUAUCUGUGUUGGUCUUUGGUUUCAGUCCUUUCCUCCUCACUCUCAUCUCUUACACUUACAUUAUUUCCACAAUCUUGAAGAUUCGUUCAGCGGAAGGCAGGCGUAAAGCCUUCUCCACUUGCAGCUCCCACCUCAUUGUGGUGGGGUUAUACUACAUUGCAGCUUUUUUCCGCUAUAUGAAGCCAAGUUCAGAAUCACUCAUGUAUCUGGACAAAGUGAUGUCUAUCCAGUAUAGUAUAUUAACUCCCAUGUUAAACCCUAUCAUUUACAGCUUGAAAAACAAGGAUAUCCAAAAUGCUCUGGCAAAAAAGUUUGGAAAGUGUAAGUUUUUUAAAUAA